AUGUCGCAAUCCUCUGUCCAUUUUCAUAGGGAUAUACCCAAGAUCCCUGUCGGUGUUCUAGGUGCGACCGGUACCGUCGGACAGAGGUUUAUUGUUCUUCUUUGUUCCCAUCCCUGGUUCGUGUUAAAAGCACUCGGUGCUAGUAGCAGGAGUGCUGGGAAGCCGUAUAAAGAUGCUGUACGAUGGAAGCAAACGACCCCAAUCCCAUCAGGCGUUUCAGCCAUGAUCGUGCACGAUUGUGUACCGGAACCCUUCAAGGACUGUAAUGUCGUGUUUAGUGGACUAGAUUCAGACGUUGCCGGUGAUAUUGAGGCCUCUUUCCGGGCUGCUGAACUCGCAGUAUUUUCCAACGCAAAGAACUAUCGUCGAGAUCCAAAUGUCCCAUUGAUCGUGCCGCUUGUGAAUACGAUCCACUUAACCAUCCUCCCACAACAACAAAAACUACACAUCCAUCCUCUCACCCGUGAACCUCAACCUCUCUUACGUGGCUUCAUCGUGACAAAUGCAAAUUGUUCUACCACAGGAGUCGUCAUUCCCCUUGCAGCCUUAGAACGGGCUUUCGGUCCACUUGAAAGCCUCGUUAUAACGACAAUGCAAGCUAUAAGUGGGGCAGGAUAUCCUGGUGUACCCAGUCUCGAUAUCCUCGAUAACGUCGUCCCCUAUAUCAGUGGCGAAGAGGAAAAAAUCGAGUGGGAAACUCUCAAGAUUCUCGGGGGCAUCAUUGACGAAGAGACGGAGGCUAUAGAUGGGAAGAAGGAAAAAUUCAAAAAGUUCGACAUGCACACCACUUCUCCGCUCCGAGUUUCGGCACAUUGCAAUCGAGUUCCUGUUAUUGAUGGGCAUACCGAGUGCGUCUCGGUACGGUUUGCGAAACGUCCACCACCUUCUCCUCAGCAAGUCCGGGAAGCCCUUGCGGCCUAUACCUCAGAUGCACAGACUCUUGGAUGUCCGUCUGCCCCUACGAGAACUAUCAUUGUACAUGAGGAAGCGGAUCGGCCACAACCGCGACUGGAUAGAUACCAUCAAGAAGGUGCGGGCGUUAACGUCGGGAGAGUCAGACAAUGUCCGGUGUUUGACAUCAAGUUUGUGGUGUUGUCGAAUAACGUUAGUAUAGGUGCAGCGACGAGCAGUAUCAUCAAUGCGGAGGUCGCGGUGUUGAAGGGUAUCAUUCAAUUUUGA